GGCCGUGGCACUUGCGUGGAGUGGCAGCAGGGCGAGGAUGGUGCCUGUCUCCCUUAGUUAUGUUGCAAGGCACAGCAGCCCCAGGCACCAGUAGCGCAAGGUAAUCUGACAGCAGGAGUAGGUCCGAGCUAAGCCACCUCAACGGCGUCUGGUUCAGGCUUGACCGACGGAACAGUAACGCCAUCCGACCAAGGGACGCCGAUUACGACAGACAUGGCUCCCGCGAGCAGUCCUAGAAGGCCUGCCGCAUCCUUGUUGUCUAGGUUACGGUAACCGUUUAGGCAGUUGGCGAUCGUUCCGUGAAACACGGCGAGACGACUGAAAGCAGGCGACGGGCCCACUGAUCAGAAGACUUAGUUGCACAGCCGAAGCGCACUAGAGGAGUCGCGAGUAACCGGUACGAAAGGAACGGUCGCAUUGGACAACCAGUCGCGAGUAACCGGCCGCUUAUUGCCCAAUCCACCUCUGCCGCGUGCCGUUCCUCACUCCACGUCCGCCACGUGGCGAUGGGGUGCGCAGCGUCGCAUGCGGGAGCAGUUGACGGGCCACCGCCACCUAAGCUCGGGUCGUCGCGAUCAGACUCGCGGUCGCCGUACCCGGUGCGGCAGUCGGCGCUGGCGGGCGCGGGCGUGUUCGAGUACAGCUACCAGGACGUGCACGCCGCCACCGGCGCCUUCGCGCACGAGCUGGGGCGGGGGGCUUCGGCAUCGUGUACCACGGGUACCUCGCCGAGCCCACCCCCGCGUCUCCCCGCGCCAAGAGCGCGGGCGUGUGGCCCGUGGCGGUGAAGCUGAUGAGCGGCGAGCACAUCGCCAACGGCGUCGACAGCUUCAUGACGGAGGUGGCGGUGAUGGCGCGGGUGCAUCAUCCCAACAUCCUGCGGCUGGAAGGCUAUGUGGUGGGCGCCACGCCCAUCCUCAUCUACGAGUACAUCCCCAAUGGCGAUGCCAGCUCCUACCUUGCCAAAGCCAAGCGGGGCGAGGUGCGCUUCUCGUGGAGCGAAAGGAUGAGGGUGGCGCUGGGGUGUGCGGAGGCGCUCACCACCAUCCACGCCAACAACUUUGUGCACCGCGACUUCAAGGCGUCCAACGUGCUGCUCAGAGAGGACCUGACUCCCGUGGUGGCGGAUUUUGGGCUGGCUCGAGCGGUGGACGAUUGGAAGACACAUGUGGAGACGAGAGUGAUGGGGUCGGUGGGCUACAUCGACCCCAUCUACUUCGACUCAGGCAUGCUGAGCAAGAAGUCCGACACGUAUGCGUUUGGGAUCUUCCUCCUCGAGCUCAUCUCCGGCUGCUCUGCGCUCGAUGGCAACUUCAAGGAGCUGCGGCGCCUGGUUACCGCAAGGGACUACCCUGAUGCAGCUCUUGUCAUGGACCCAAGCCUUUCGGGCCAGUGGCAGCUGAAGCAUGUUCUUGUCGUGUUCACGUUGAUAAAGUUUGCCAUCUUCUAUGAUUGGGACAAUAGACCAGGCAUGAGCGUACUGAUAGAAAAGCUGAAGGAUCUUGUAUCCGAAUUAGAAACAUCAUCCGCAGCUUAGCACUUCUGUUGUGACACCACGAAUCCAUGAAAUGACGUUUAC